AUGGCGCGGAGGGGCCUUUCCAGCCCCAGCGAUGCUGUGACCGUGUUGGACCGGACAUUACGGGGGAGCUUUCCUGGCACACGGUCCGGUCCGCUCCGGUCCCUCACGAUCCUUCACGACCCCUCACGACCCCGGGCGGCCCCGCCCCCGCCUCCAUCCGGGCACUUCCGCUGCCCGCCAAAACCCCCGCGCGCGCGCGCUCCCACAGCCCCGCCCCGCCGCUCCCCGCCCGCCAAUCACCGCGCGGGAGGCGGAGCUCGCGCUCCGGCCCCGCCCCCCUCGCUGACCAAUGGCGGCGCGGGGAGGGGGCGGUCCCGGCGCGUGCGCGCGCGGGGCGGGCGCGAGUCCCUGACGACCGGGCGGGACACGGGGCCGGCCGGACACACGGACCCCGGGGACACACGGACACGGGCCGCCGCCAUGGAGCACGGCCCGCAGCAGCAGAAGGACGAGGAGCAGGAGGAGGAGCAGCAGGCUCAGGAGCCCUGGUUCUGGCUGGCAGCAGAGCUGGGCAGCAGCUGCUCCUGGGACACCAAGCUGGGCCAGAGCUGUGCCAGGAGGGACCUGUCGGAGCUGCCCACGCUGCAGGAAGGGCUGCUGCCCUCAGCAGAAGCUUCUGGAGCUGCAGCCCCUGCCUCACCCCUGGAUAUCCAGGAGAGCAGAUUCUCCCCAUGCCUGCCCCUGCUGCUGAGCCCAGCCCGGGCUGAGACGUUCCUGCAGGGAUCCCAGAUGGAUUUCCUUCCCCUCAGAGGAGUCCCGGAUGUUUCUGGAGCAUCCCCGGAGCGUUCAGAGCCUGCCCACGUCCAUGGCAGCACAUCCCUGAGGAGCCCAGCCCUUCCCAGUCCAUCCCAGCACUCCCAGCCCGUGGCACAGGAGCAUCCUGGAGCUGCUCCCCAGCCUGGGGCGCCCCUGGGCGGCCAGGGGAGCAAUGGGGACAGUGGGGACAGUGGCACUGAGCAGGAGGCACCAGCCCCACCCCGGGGCAGGGGGGAUCUAGCACAGCCAGCUCCAGAGCAGGGGCUGGGGCAGCCCUGGAGCACAGCUGGGAGGGAUGGACACUCCUGUGGUCACUCCUGUGGUCACUCCUCCCAGGACAGCGAUGGCCCAGCUGCUGGCUCUGAGCUCUCAGAGGGGAACAAGGAGUCCCCAGGGCAGGAGGAAUCCUCCUCCUCCUCAGGAAACUCCUCCUACACAACUGCGCUGACCAAAUUCUCUGAGAAAAGUGAGAGGGGUGUGCAGCAGGCAAAGGUGAAAGUGGCUGGCAGUGGAGCAGGAGCCCUGGAGAAGCUGGAGAAGGGAAGGAAGGUGCCCGGGCUUGGUUUGUCACAUAACUUCUCUGAUGGCCUGAGGAAAGGCCGUGCCGAGAACUCGGGUGCUCAAGAUGUUCUUUGUGCAGCAGCUUGUGGGGCGGGCAGAGGAAGGCUGCAGGAGCCUGGGGUGCAGCCCAGGGGCUCCCAGGGGCUCAGGGGCUCCCAGGGGCUGGGGCCCAUGGCUGCUCCUGAGGAGCUGCAGGGAGCCUGGGCCAGCAGCAGCCAGCAGGGAGGCUGGGGACAGAGGGGCUGCUCCCUGCUGGCACACCCAGCCUGAUCCAGCCCCAGGACGCUGCCCCCUGCCCCGGGCAUUCCCCAGAGCCUGCAGGGAGCAGGGAUGAGCUCACUGCCUCUGACUGCUCCAUACAGAGGGGACACAAAGCCACAGAGAUCUCCCCUUCCUUCAGCCUGGGGGCUGAGGGCUCCUUCUCCCUGCUCCUGCCUCAUCCCAACUUCCAGUCCACUCCAGGGCUGUUCCUCAAGAGAACUGGGAAGGCAGAAGGACCUGGUGGAGGCCUGGUGAUGCUUUCAGACCUUCGGACCUCUCCUUGCUGUCCCAGUGAAGAAGCCCCAGGGAUGUCCCCUGACCCUGGGGAGCAGCCCCUCCCCAGAGCUGUGGUGAUGCUUUCAGACCUUCAGGCCUCUCCUUGCUGUCCCAGUGAAGAAGCCCCAGGGAUGUCCCCUGCCCCUGGGGAGCAGGCCCCUCCCCAGAGCGCUGUGGCAGAGGCCUGUGGGCGUUUGGAGUCCCUGAAGCUGGAAUCUCCCUGCCCUGGCAGGAUGCAGUCCUUCCCCUCGCUGGGGUUCCUGGAGAAGGUGGG